GAAGGGAAGCUUAAAUAUUUGUAGUCCGAAGUCUCUCAGACUAUUCAAUAAAUGUUGUUAGGUUUUUGUGAGGCUACAGGAAAGUGAUCACAAUCUAUAAUAAUCUCAGAGAGCAGCAAUGAUGAAGCUGGUACUUUGCAUAGUUUUAUUGUUGUCUGUGUUGAGCACAAAGGCACAGGAUUUUAUUUCACCUACAUUAGAUAUCAUAAGUGAACUUAAAAAGAUUACAACCAUGGAGGAAAAGUUCAGUGCUCUUAAUGAUGAAGUCAAGGAAUUAAGAAGCAAGAAUGAAGCACUGACUACAAAGCUGAAAACCUUUGAAGAGAAGAUAAUUUCAGAAAGGCUAAAAGUAGCAUUUUCAGCUUCACUGUCAGCUUUGGAGAAUACCCACCGAUUUAUUGGCCCUUAUACAACAGCAACCACUCUUGUGUAUGAAAAUGCCUUCACUAACAUUGGAAAUGUUUAUGACACCAGUACAGGAAUCUUCACUGCACCAGUUAAAGGAGUUUAUUUCUUCAACUUUGUGGUCUUCAAUCCUCAUGACAUUGCAACCGGUGUGAGACUGUUAAAAAACGGCAAUUUUGUGGUUGCAGCAUCAGAUAACCCUCCCAAGCAAGACACUGAAGACACUACAUGCAACUCAGUUAGUCUUACUCUUGAACAAGGGGACCAGAUACAUCUUCAGCUCAUAGAGAACCGUCGUAUCUACACAGAUGGACUAAGACGUAAUACCUUUAGUGGACACCUUCUUUUUACUAUGUGAAUUUUCUGCCCAUGUACAUUUCUAAAGGAUGUUCAUCCAAAUACACUUUUUUAUACAGAUGAAAAUAAUCAAUGCUUGGAAAGAAAAAAGAAAUCAAUCAAAGUGACAAAAAUACAAUGGAGUUUUAAUAUAGCCUAAAAAUCCUUUUAAUUUUUGUACCAUUUUCAUUAAUAUUAAAACUUGUCAAUGAAAUCAUAUAUUAGUUUGAUAUGUAGACAUGAACAAUUCUUAUGUCAUAAAUAAAGUUCCAUGCUUAUAACAUGAUAUAGCUGGUAAAGGCAAGUAAAAGAAACAUUGAGACACUACUGAAAAGCUGUAGAAAAAUGAAUCUCUUUUUAAAAUGAUUGAACAAAACUGUGUUACUCACUACCACCUACAUGCUUUUAAGUCACCUUUUUCUAUUUAUUUGUGAAAAUAUAAUCCAGCAUUAUCACAGUGUUUUGUCAGCUGUCACUUCCAUGUGGCUUACACCAAUUAUUGCUUCAAAAUGUAGUUUUUGCAGUCCAGAGUCUGUUGAUCUGUUUAAACAUUUACGCAACUUUUGGUCUUUAAGAUAGAGUGUUACUCAGUUGACACAACAUUAGUAACAGACAGAACAGUAAAAAAAUGUUGAUUUUUAUAACAGUUUUAAUGCUCAAUGUGUGGGCUAUACCAGCAGACAAUUUAUUUUUGCCAAACAUAAACAUCCUUGAAGAACUGUGGAAAAUAAAGAUCAUGGAAACAAGGAUGGAACCUAUGGAGAAGGAAAUGUUGUGACUAAGAACAGAAAAUACAGUUUCAAAAGUGGCUUUCUCAGUUUCUCUGUCGUCCUCUAAUGGACCACACAGUGGUUUACACACCCUGAUUUACAAACACAUCUUCCUCAAUACUGGCCAUGCCUAUGAUGCAAACACAGGAAAAUGAUCACAAUCUAUAAUAAUCACAGAGAGAAGCAAUGAUGAAGAUGGAAGUUAGCAUAGUUUUAUUGCUGUGUGUGGGGGCCACACUGGCACAGGAUUUUUAUGUCACCAACAUUAGACAUCCUUGCCGAAAUCAAAAAGAUUAAGACCAUGGAGGAAAAGUUAAAUGCUCUAAAUGAUGAAGUCAGGGAACUAAGAAGCAAGAAUGAAGGUACUGUAAAAUGCAUGCAAGGAAAAAAGUAGUAAUGAUUGCAUGAAAAGACAAAUGAAAGGUUCUUUUCACUUGCAUAAUUAUUUUCAUCUUUUAUUUUUUGUUUUUUGCAGAAAAGGUAAAAGUAGCCUUUUCAGCCCCACUUUCAGCUAUUUUGGGCCUCAUGAAGAAGAAAUCACUCUUGUUUAUGUAAAUGCUAACACUGGAAAUGCUUAUGACACCAAUACACCAAUAAAUCACCAUGCUCAAAGAAA